AUGGCUCCUCCAAGAACGAGUCGGCGAAAUAAGGUAGAUGAGGAGGAUUCAAUGGAUUGCGCGGAUAUUGAGUUAGAUACCAAGGGAAUUCCCGCAUCCCAGCCAAGUUUCGACCGAAAGUUUCUUGUAGCAAAAGUUGAAACUGUCGCGAAUAGCUUUUUCUACAAAGUUCGUCACCCGAAGUUCAAUACGGGAGUCGUAUAUCGAAUGAGCUCCACGCUUUGUGAAGAGAUCAUUUUGUCUGGAGAAGAGCAUCGCUCCUUCUUUUAUGGUGAAUCGGUGGUAAAGGACGGCGCUUUUCGGUUAUGUGCACCAGUGCAUCCUCUAUUCUUGGCUAUACCUUACUUUUUCAAGAAAAGCUCACGAUUCGAAGAGCUAGGCGAAAUUUUGUGCGACGACGAACUGCCAGCGAUUUCACUUUUGGCGACAAACGAGCAAUUUAUCCGUACUGUUGAUUUAAUUGCUGACAGUAAAGAAAUCGGUGAUGAUAAAGUGUUUCGUUUCAAUAAAGAACGAGCCAUUCAGUGGUUGAGUGGACGAUUCAACCGUUUACAGAAAGCCUUGGUCGAGAACACUUCUCUACACAAAAGCAUAAUCGAAAACAAGGAAGUUCUUGAUCGCUAUACUUUUGCCGUUCUAUGUGACAAUCUUCCAACAGAAGUAGCUACAAUCCUUAAGGCGGAAUUAGAGAUCACUGAUCCACCAAUCGAAGAAGUGCUGGACCAGAAUUCGUUCAAGCGGAAAAGUGAAGUCAUGUCUGAAGAAUGGGAAAAUAUCAAGCCAGCAGCAAAGAAAACGCCAAAGGUGUCGGUUGCACAGAAGCAACUGAAGGAAGCUAGCAAAGGAACGAAGAGCAUUUCGAGCUUCUUUGGAAAGAAA